AGGCUGAAGACCAUGGAGGUGCUAGAGGGUGAGGGCUGCAACUUUGAGUGCAUCCUGUCCCAUGAAGACAUAGGCGACACUGCCAUGUGGACAGUCGGCGGGAAGACAUUGGGCAGCUCUGGUCGCUUCCAGGCCAUGCGCCAAGGCCGAAAGUACAUCCUGGCUGUGCAAGACGCAGUGCUGGGUGACACUGGGGAGGUGACUUUCUCUGUGCGGGGCCUCACUUCCAAGGCUUCACUCAUUGUCAGAGAAAGGCCGGUGGACAUCAUGAAGCCACUGAAGGACCAGCGGGCCAUACCAGGGGAGGAUGCAAUACUGAGUUGUGAGCUGUCGCGGGCAGACACACCAGUGCGCUGGCUGAAGGAUGGGAAAGCCAUUCGUAAGAGUCAGAAGUAUGACUUGCUCAGCGAGGGCACUAGGGCCAUGCUGGUGGUCCAUGCAGUCUCGCUCAAAGAUUCUGGAGAGUACACAUGUGAGACAGAGGUUUCCAAGAGCACAGCAAGCCUCCAAGUGGAAGAAAAGUCAAAUUGGUUCACAGAGGAGUUGGCUGAUCUGCAGGUGGAGGAGAAAGGCAUGGCUGUGUUUACCUGCAAGACAGAGCACCCUGCAGCCAUGGUAGCCUGGCGAAAGGGCCUCUGUGAGCUGCAUGCCUCAGGGAAGCAUGAACCCAGCCAGGAGGGCGUGACCUUGAGACUUGUGAUCAGCGCCCUGGAAAAGACAGACAGUGACACAUACACCUGCGACAUUGGCCAUGCAAGGUCCCAGGCACGGCUCCUGGUGCAAGCACGGCCGGUGCAGUUCCAGGAGGGGCUGAAGGAUGUGGAGGUGCCGGAAGGUGGCGCUGCCACCCUGCGCUGCAAGCUAUCAUCUGUAGCUGCGCCUGUGGAGUGGCGCUGUGGAAAUGAGUUUCUGAGGCCAGGUGCCAAGUACAGCAUGCGGCAGGAGGGCACCAUGCUGGAGCUGGUAGUCCGGGACCUGCAGCCCCAUGAUAGCGGGCAGUAUGUCUGCUGCUUCGGCGACCAGGCAACCUCAGCCAUGCUGACCGUGAAGGCCCUGCCUGCUGAGUUCAUAGGAAGACUGAGAAGCAAGGAGACCAUGGAAGGGGCCACGGUAAUACUGCAUUGUGAACUGAGCAAGGCGGCUCCUGUGGAGUGGAAGAAGGGGUUCAAGACCCUCAGAGCUGGGGACAGAGUCAGCCUGAGACAGGAUGGGGCCAUGUGUGAGCUGGAGAUUCGUGGCCUGGUGGUGGAAGAUGCCGGGGAGUACUCAUGCAUAUGUGGGCAAGAGAGGACAUCAGCCAUGCUGACAGUCAAGGCCUUGCCUGCCAAGUUCACAAAGUGUCUGAGGAAGGAAGAAGCCACAGAAGGGACCAAGGCCACAUUGCUGUGUGAGCUGAGCAAGGCUGCUCCCGUGGAGUGGAAGAAGGGGCUUGAGAUCCUCAGAGCUGGGGAAAGAAUCAGCCUGAGGCAGGAUGGAACUGUGUGUGAGCUGGAGAUCCGGGACCUGGUUGUAGCGGAUGCUGGGGAGUACUCUUGCGUGUGCGGGCAAGAGAGGACAUCGGCCACACUGACUGUCAGGGCCCCAGAGUUGGUAUUCAGGGAACCCUUGCAGAACCUGCAGGCUGAGGAAGGAACCUGGGCCAGCCUUCGAUGUGAGCUGUCUGAGCCCAGUUCUGUGGUCUGGAGCAAGGGUGGCCUGGAACUACAGGCCAAUGGGCGCUGGGAGCCACGUCAGCAAGGCUGCAUGGUGGAGCUGGUGCUGCGUGACCUGCGCAGGGAGGAUACGGGAGAGUACACUUGCACCUGUGGCUCCCAGGCCACCAGCGCAACCCUUACUGUCACAGCUGCGCCGGUGCGGUUCACCCGGGAGCUGCAGGCCCAGGAGGUGGAUGAGGGCACAACUGCAUACCUGUGCUGUGAGCUAAGCCGGGCAGGUGCCAGUGUGGAGUGGCGCAAAGGCUUGCUGCAGCUCUUCCCCUGCGCCAAGUACCAGAUGGUGCAGGAAGGCGUUACUGUGCAGUUGCUGGUGCAUGGUGCUGAGCAGGAGGACACUGGCCACUACACCUGCGACACAGGCCAUGCACAGAGCACUGCUAGACUCUCAGUCAGAGCUCCCAGGCCCAUGUUCCAGACUGAGCUGCAGGGAGCAGAGCAGGAGGUGGGCAGCCUGGUCCGGCUGUGCUGCCAGCUGAGUGAGGUGGAGCCUGGGGCCCCUGUGCAGUGGUUCAAGGAGGGUGUUGAGCUGCACUCAGGCCCCAAGUAUGAGAUGCGUCACGAGGGGGCCAUGUGUGAGCUGCUGAUCCACGUGCUCGAGGCCAAGGACUCCGGCGAGUAUGCCUGUGUGGUGGGUGGCCAGAAAACCAUGGCUUCUGUCAAGGUCAGAGCCCCCGAGGUGACCAUUCUGGAGCCCCUGCAGGAUGUGCAGCUCUGCGAGGGCCAGGAUGCCCAUUUCCGAUGCCAGCUGUCCAGGGCCUCCUGCCAGGAGGCUCGCUGGACCUUGGGAGGGGUGCCCCUGCAGGCCAACGAAAUGAAUGACAUUACAGUGGAGCAAGGCACAUUCCACUCGCUCACUCUUCACAAGGUGACCCUCGAGGAUGCUGGAACCAUCGGUUUCCAAGUGGGCUCAUGUAGUUCAGAGGCCCAGCUGAAGGUCACAGCCAAGAACACAGUGGUGCGAGGCCUGGAGAACGCAGAGGUGCUGGAGGGAGGUGAAGCUCUGUUUGAGUGCCAGCUGUCCCAGCCAGAGGUGGCCACCCACACCUGGCUGCUGGAUGACCAGCCUGUGCACAGCUCGGAGAAUGCUGAGAUGGUCUACUUUGAGAAUGGUCUGCGGCACCUGCUGUUGCUCAAAAACCUGAAGCCUCAGGACAGCUGCCGAGUGACCUUCCUGGCUGGGGAUGUGGUGACAUCAGCGUUCCUCACAGUCAGAGGCUGGCGCCUGGAGGUCCUGGAGCCCCUGAGAGAUGUGGCCAUUCAGGCAGGAAGGCAAGCCCACUUCAGCUGCACGCUCAGUGAGGCUGUGACGGUGGGCGAGGCGACCUGGUACAUCAAUGGGAUUGCAGUACAGCUGGAUGACCCAGACUGGACUGUUACUGCAGAUGGCAGCUACCACACUCUGCUGUUGCACUGCGCUGGGCCACACCACGCAGGCGAAGUCACCUUUGCUGCCCGCGAUGCUGUGACCUCCGCGCAGCUUACCGUGCUAGGCCUCCCAGAUCCCCCGGAGGAUGCCGAAGUGGUGGGGCACAGUGACCGCUCCGUAACACUCUCUUGGGUGGCACCCGCAAGCGAUGGCGGCGGCGGCCUCUGUGGCUACCGGGUAGAGAUGAAGGCAUCAGCCACUGGUGAGUGGCAGCUGUGCCACGAGCUGGUGUCCGAGCCAGAGUGCACUGUGGAUGGCCUGGCCCCUGGGGAGACCUACCGCUUCCGCGUGGCAGCGGUGGGCCCUGCAGGCGCUGGAGAGCCCGUGCACCUGCCCCAGACGGUGAGGCUUGCAGAGCCCCUGGAACCCCCGCCUGUACCCCUGGCUCCGGAGAGCCGGCAGGUGGCAGCCGGGAAGGAUUUGCGUCUGGAUUGUGAGGUGGUGGAAGCUGGUGAGGUUAUCUGGCUGAAGGGAAAGGAACACAUCCAGCCCGGCGGGCGCUUCCAGGUUCUUUGCCAAGGUGGGCAGCAGACGCUGGUGAUCCGGAGCUUCUCAGCAGAGGACCAAGGUGAAUACCGCUGCGCCCCUGCCAGGAACCCCAUCUCUGCUGCUGCAAAGACCUUCCAGGUGGUACUGACACCAGGAUCCAGGGAUGAGGCCCCUGCACAGCCCAGCCUACCUCCUGAGGCAGCCCAGGAGGGUGAUCUGCACCUGCUAUGGGAGGCCCUUGCUCGGAAGCGCCGCAUGAGCCGUGAACCCACACUAGACUCCAUCAGUGAGCUACCUGAGGAGGACGGGCGCCUGCAGUGCCAGCGGCAGGAGGCAGAGGAUGUAGCUCCUGACCUAUCAGAGGACUACUCCACAGCUGACGAGCUGGCACGCACUGGUGAGGCUGACCUCUCCCACACCAGCUCUGACGACGAGUCCCGGGCAGGUACUCCUUCCCUGGUCACCUACCUCAAGAAGGCUGGGAAGGCUGGCACCUCUCCACUGGCCAGCAAGGUUGGGGCCCCAGCAGCCCAUUUUGGGAAGCUGCAGAAGCGGCAGGAACAGCUGGCCACAGUGCACUCACUAUCAGGAGACCUGAGCAUUGAGGACCUCAGUGACCCAUCCCUGGACAAGGCAGCUGUGAAGAUCCAGGCUGCCUUCAAGGGUUACAAGGUGCGGAAGGAGAUGAGGCAGCAGGAGGGGCCUUUGUUCCGUAGCACAUUUGGGGACACCGAGGCACAGGUGGGUGACGUUUUGCAUCUGGAGUGUGUGGUGUCCAGCAAGGCAGACGUGCAAGCUCGCUGGCUGAAGGACGGUGUGGAGCUGACUGACGGCCGGCACCACCAUAUUGAUCAGCUCGGGGAUGGUACCUGUUCUUUGCUGGUCACUGGUGUGGGCCAUGCUGAUGCCGGCUGCUACACCUGCCAGGUGAGCAGCAAGUUUGGCUGUACGGUCCACAGUGCCCAUGUGGUUAUCAGUGGGACAGAGAGUGAGGUUGAGAGCUCCUCUGGAGGUGAACAGGAUGACGCCUUCCGCCGGGCAGCCCGGCGGCUGCACCGUCUGUUCCGCAUCAAGGGCCCAGCUGAGGUUUCAGACGAAGAGAUCUUCUUGAGUGCAGAUGAGGCCUCUUCAGAGUCUGAGGAGCAUGGGGACUGGCAGAGGUACCGCGAGGACGAGCACUUGGUCUGCAUCUGCUUUGAGACACUGGCCGAGGCCCGCCAGGCAGCCACCCACUUCCAGGAGAUGUUCAGCAUGCUAGGCAUUGGGGUGGAUAUCAGCCUGUUGGAGCAGGGACCCCGAGGAGUGGAGAUACGCAUCGCCAAGGUGGCCCUCGCUCCCACAGUGCCUUUGGAGCCAGUGCCCAGCUUGCGGACUGUAGAGGCUGCCCCGGUGUUCCUGACUGAGCUUCAGAAUCAGGAGGUGCUGGAUGGGUACCCUGUGAGCUUCGACUGUGUGGUGACAGGCCAGCCCAUGCCCAGCGUGCGCUGGUUCAAGGAUGGGAGGGUACUGGAAGAGGACGACCACUAUAUGAUCAGUGAUGACCAGCAGGGUGGCCACCAGCUCAUCAUCACGGCUGUGGUGCCUUCAGACAUGGGUGUCUAUCGCUGCCUGGCUGAGAACAGUAUGGGUGUGUCCUCCACCAAGGCUGAGCUCCGAGUGGACUUGACCAGCACUGACUAUGACACUGCUGCGGAUGCCACAGAGACCUCAUCCUACUUCAGUGCCCAAGGCUACCUGUCCAGCCACGAGCAGGAGGGUGCAGAGUCUACAUCAGAGGAAGGACAACUGCCCCAGGUAGUGGAGGAGCUGAAAGACCUCCAGGUGGCCCCUGGUACACACCUGGCCAAGUUCCAGCUCAAGGUGAAAGGCUACCCAGUGCCCCGCCUGUACUGGUUCAAAGAUGGGCAGCCUCUGGCUGCUUCUGCGCACAUUCGUAUGGUGAACAAGAAGACGCUGCACACCCUGGAGGUCCUCUCGGUCACUAGUGAGGAUGCUGGCCAGUACUCAGCCUACAUUAGCAACACUGUGGGCGCUGCCUAUUCGUCUGCUCAGCUGCAGGUCCAAGGCCCUAAUGACCCGGAGGAGAAGUCAGCAGCAGCAGCCUCCAGUGUCUCCCCAGAUGUGCAGCAACAGCUGGUGCCACCCCGAUUCCUGGAGAAGUUCACCUCUAAGAAGGUGAAGAAGGGCUCUAGCAUCACUUUCUCUGUGAAGGUUGAAGGUCUCCCAGCCCCGGCUGUGCACUGGCUACGGGAGGAGGCAGAGCAGGUGCUGUGGAUUGGUCAGGACACACCAGGCUACACUGUGGCUGGCUCAGCCCAGCAGCACAGCCUGGUCCUGCUGGACGUGAGCCUACAGCACCAGGGCACCUACACCUGCAUUGCAUCCAACACUGCUGGCCAGGCCCUCUGCUCCGCCAGCCUGCAUGUCUCUGGCUUGCCCAAGGAGGCGGGAUCAGUGGGAGAGAUAGCUGGGGUGAAGGAGGCCCUCAUCUCCACUUUUCUUCAGGGGACCCAAGCCAUCUCUGAACAGAUGCCGGAACCUGUGGAUUUCACCAACCUUGCUGGGCAGAAAGGAGAGCCCCUGGCGGCUGAGGCCCAUGGCCAUUUGUCCCUGGCCGAGGUGGGCACAGAGGAGUUCCUGCAGAAAUUGACCUCACAAAUCACGGAGAUGGUGUCAGCCAAGAUUACCCAGGCCAAGCUGCAGGUGCCGGGAGGUGACAGUGAUGAGGAGUCCAAGACACCAUCUGCAUCCCCCCGGCAUGGCCGCUCACGCCCCUCCUCCAGCGUCCAGGAGUCAUCCUCAGAGUCUGAAGACGGGGACUCCCGGGGGGAGAUCUUUGACAUCUAUGUGGUCACUGCUGACUACCUGCCACUGGGAGCUGAGCAGGAUGCCAUCUCAUUGCGGGAGGGCCAAUAUGUGGAGGUGCUGGACUCGGCCCACCCUCUGCGUUGGCUUGUGCGCACCAAGCCCACCAAGUCCAGCCCCUCACGACAGGGCUGGGUGUCCCCUGCCUAUCUAGAUAGGCGGCUCAAGCUGUCACCUGAGUGGGGGCCCGCAGAGGCCUCUGAGUUCCCUAGGGAGACUGUGUCUGAGGAUGAGUACAAGAUGCGGUUGAGCUCCAUCAUCCAGGAGCUGCUGACCUCUGAGCAGGCCUUUGUGGGCAAGCUACAGUUUCUGAAGAGCCAUCACAUGCAGCACCUUGACCACUGCCCCCAUGUGCCUGCCACUGUGUCUAGCCAAAAGGCCAUCAUCUUCCGCAAUGUGCAGGAACUCGGCCAAUUCCACAGCAGCUUCCUGCAGGAGCUUCAGAGCUGUGACACAGAUGAUGAUGUGGCCAUGUGCUUCAUCAAAAACCAGGUGGCCUUUGAAAAGUAUCUGGAGUUCCUGGUUGGCCGAGUACAGGCUGAGUCGGUGGUGGUCAGCACGGCUGUGCAGGAAUUCUACAAGAAAUACUCGGAGGAGGUGCUGUCAGCCACUGACUCCUCACAGCCGCCCCCGCCACCAUUACAGCACUUUCUAGAGCAGCCCGUGCAACGGAUUCAGCAGUACCAGGCCCUGCUCAAGGAGUUGAUCCGCAACAAGGCACGGAACCGGAAGAACUGUGCGCUGCUGGAGCAGGCCUAUGCAAUGGUGUCAGCUCUGCCACAGCGUGCUGAGAACCAGCUACAUGUGUCGCUCAUGGAGAACUACCCGGGCACCCUGGAGGCCCUGGGCGAGCCUAUCCGCCAGGGUCACUUCAUUGUGUGGGAGGGGGCACCAGGUGCACGGAUGCCCUGGAAGGGCCACCACCGCCACGUCUUCCUGUUCCGCCACCACCUGGUGGUCUGCAAGCCUAGGAGGGACUCACACACCGACACUUUUAGCUACGUGUUCCGGAACAUGAUGAAGCUGAGCAGCAUUGACCUGAAUGAGCAAGUGGAGGGGGAUGACCGUGCCUUUGAGGUGUGGCAUGAGCGGGAGGAUUCAGUGCGCAAGUACCUACUGCAGGCUCGGACUGUCAUCACCAAGAAUGCCUGGGUGAAGGAGAUCUGUGGCAUCCAGCAGCGCCUGGCCCUGCCUGUCUGGCGGCCCCCAGAUUUCGAGGAAGAACUAGCUGACUGCACAGCCCAGCUGGGUGAAACAGUCAAGUUGGCCUGCCGUGUGACGGGCACACCCAGACCCAUCAUCAGCUGGUACAAAGAUGGGAAGCCAGUAGAGGUAGACCCUCACCAUAUCCUCAUUGAAGACCCUGAUGGCUCAUGCACCCUCAUCCUGGACAACCUGACUGGCAUUGACUCCGGCCAGUACAUGUGCUUUGCGGCCAGCGCUGCUGGCAAUGCCAGCACCCUGGGCAAGAUCCUGGUGCAGGUCCCCCCGCGGUUUGUGAACAAGGUCUGGGCAGGGCCUUUUGUGGAGGGAGAGGACACCCAGAUUACCUGCACCAUUGAAGGUGCUCCACACCCUCAGAUCAGGUGGUACAAGAAUGGGGCCCUGUUGACCCCUGGCAACAAGUACCAGACCUUGAGUGAGCCAUGCAGUGGCCUGCUUAUGCUGGAGAUCCGGGAGACCAGCAAGGAGGACCUGGGCUACUACGAGUGUGAGCUGGUGAACCAGCUGGGCUCCAUACGAGGUGGCGUAGAGCUGUGCUUGCAGGAUCCAACACUGCAGGCUGGGGAACAGCGCCACCGCCGGGAGCACAUCGCCAUGGUGGAAGGUGCUGCUGUCCCACCCCCAGCUGCCCUGGAGCAAGUGGACCAGGAAAUCAUGUCUGUCCAGAGGACACUGGUGGGCCCUGAGGCUCCAGGAACCUCUGCAGUGAACAAUGCAGGUCCAGGCCCCAGGGGGCCACUUGCUCUCCAGGAGGCCAGCUCCCAGCUCCUAGGCACUGAGGCUGCAGAUGAAUCUGAGUCUGGGAACGUGCCUCAGUCUUUCCCUCAUGGAAGCCAGGAUCAGGACUUGGGGGCUCCCACCGCGGCUCACAGGUGCAUCGUGCCCAUCAGGAUGGAUAGCGCGGCCUGGCCAGGAACAGAAGCCACUGAGCCCUGGGAUGUCUGCAGCCACAUGUUCACAGAGACCACACGCCAGACAUACGUGUACCAGGCCAGCGACAUGGGUGACGCAAGACCCCCAUCCAUGCAGGUCACCAUCGAGGAUGUGCAGGCACAGGGGGGCAACACAGCAAAAUUCCAGGCGGUCAUCAAGGGCAACCCACAGCCCACAGUGACCUGGUAUAAGGACAGCAUCCAGCUGCUGGACAGUACACGACUCAGCCAGCAGCAGGAAGGGACAACCUAUUCCCUAGUGCUCAGGAAUGUGGGCCAGCAUGAUGCUGGUGUCUAUACCUGCCUGGCCCAAAAUGCUGGUGGCCAGGUGCUGUGCAAGGCAGAGCUGCUGGUGCAUGGAGGGGACAGAGAACUGGAUUCAGAGAAGCAAAGCUAUCAGAGAAAACUGCACUCUUUCUAUGAAGUCAAGGAAGAGAUUGGCAGGGGUGUGUUCAGCUUCGUGAAGAGGGUGCAACAUAAGGGCAACCAGAUGUUCUGCGCUGCCAAGUUCAUCCCCCUGCGGAGCAGGACACGCACCCAGGCUUACCAGGAGCGGGAUGUACUGUCAGAGCUGAGCCACCCAUUGGUCACCAUGCUGCUGGACCAGUUUGAGACUCGCAAAACUCUCAUCCUUGUCCUGGAGCUGUGCUCAUCAGAGGAACUACUGGACCGCCUGUUCAAGAAGAGUGUGGUGACAGAAGCUGAGGUCAAGGUCUACAUCCAGCAGCUGGUGGAGGGAUUGUACUACCUGCACAGCCACAGCAUCCUCCACCUGGACAUAAAGCCCCCCAACAUCCUGAUGGUGCAUCCUGCUCGGGAAGACAUUAAAAUCUGCGACUUUGGCUUUGCCCAAAAAAUCACCCCGGCAGAGCCAAAGUAUAGCAAGUAUGGGUCCCCUGAGUUUGUGUCCCCUGAGAUCAUCAAUCAGACCCCUGUGAGCGAGGCCUCUGACAUCUGGGCUAUGGGGGUCAUCUCCUACCUCAGCCUGACCUGCUCAUCCCCAUUUGCUGGUGAGAGUGACCGUGCAACCCUCCUGAACGUGCGGGAGGGGCGGGUGUCCUGGAGUAGCCCAGUGGCUGCACACCUCAGCCAGGAUGCUCAGGACUUUAUCAAGGCCACCCUGCAGAGGACCCCAGAGAACCGCCCCAGUGCAGCCCAGUGCCUUGCCCACCCCUGGUUCCUGAAGUCCCUGCCGGCAGAGGAGGCCCACUUCAUCAACACCAAGCAACUCAAGUUUAUCCUGGCCCGCAGCCGCUGGCAGCGCUCCCUGAUGAACUACAAAUCCAUCCUCGUGAUGCGUUCUAUCCCAGAGCUGCUCCAGGGCCCGCCAGAUAGUCCAUCUCUUGGAGUGGCCCGGCACCUGCACAGUGAUGUCAGCGCCUCUUCUAGUAGCUCCUCAUCCUCUGACAAUGAGCUGGCACCCUUUGCCCGAGCCAAGUCACUUCCACCCUCUCCCGUGACCCACUCCCCGCUUAUGAACCCGAGGGGUUUUCUGCGGCCGUCUGCUAGCCUGCCAGAAGAGACCGAGCCCUGUCCUCCCCUGGAGGCAGCACUUCUGCCUGCAUUACCCCAGGGCACAGUGCCCCCAGCUGCCCCAGGCUGUGUGCCCAGGCAGAGUGUCAUCUGCAGCCUGUUCUACCAGCAGGCAGGCCAGAGCCUGGAGCAUAGGGCUCCAGCCAUGGGCAGCCGGCGGGUCCCCCUGCGGAGUAGGCACCUGCUCAAGGGCGGCUACUUCUCGGGCACCCUGCCUAGCCUGCGAGAGCCACUGCUGGAGUACCGUGUGCUGGAGGAGGAAGCCACCCGAGAGGAGCAGACUGCUCUGAUGGCCAAGGCACCCUCCUUUGAAACUUCCUUGCAGCUGCCCAGCAUCAGCACCAGUGCUCCUGGGGGACCCUGCCACAGCCAUUCUCUGGACUUCAACUGUCCACGUUGGGCCAGCCCCUCUGCAGAGGCCUGUCAUGAGGUGCAGUGUCCCUCACCCACCCUCUGGGGCCUCCAGGCUGAAACCAGAGAGGAGAGUGUGCCCAGAGAGGUGGAAGGUACCAUAGAAAUGGACACUCUGAAAUGGCCAAGACUAUUUUCAUCUACUGGUGGAGAUACUUGCCUUGAAGAGCAAGAGGGGUCAUCCCAGGACAGCUGUGGGAAGCAGACAGCUCCUUUUUGUUACCCCAAGUGGGGUUCUGCCCCUGGGAAGGGCUGUGAUCCCCCUGGGGCUGAUGUACAUCAAGCUCCUGGCUCUCUUCCUCCAGGGAGCUGUCUGGAGGCUCUCUUGGCAACCCCAAGCCCCUUCCUCUCCCAAGAGCCCCAGGGUCUCUCCUCCCCAGCUCAAUCAAGCCUCCAGUCAAACUCUAGGAGGCAGCUGGAGGCCACCAUUUUCCCUGGGAGGCCCAGUCUCCCCAGCUCUCCAGGGCCAGCCUCCUUAUCUGGCAUAGAGCCUGGCUUUUCCCUAGACACUGAGGAUCUAGGGCAGGAGACAGAGGGUCUUUCUGAGUCUGAGCCUAGCCCACCUCAGCCUCAGGAGCAGGCCACCUCACGAAAGUUCUCCCUUGGGCACCACGGAGGUUAUGCAGGGGUGGCUGGCUAUGGCACCUUUGCCUUUGGUGGGGAUGCGGGAGGCAUGCUGGGACAGGGGCCCCUGUGGGCCAGAAUGGCCUGGGCUACUUCUCAAUCCUUGGAGGAAGAAGAUGAAACAGGGGCCCAGAGUGCACUCCCACAGGCCAGCAUGGUGCCUCUGCCAGAGGGCAGUAGGGGCAGGGGAUCCCAAGUGUCACUGGUACAGAUCCAGGACCUGUCAGGGGACAUGGAGGCAGCAGACAACAUGUCUUUGGAUAUAUCAGAGGUAGAGCCUGCCUACCUCAACCUGUCGGACCUGUAUGACAUCAAAUACCUUCCAUUUGAGUUCAUGAUCUACAGGAAGAUCCCCAAACCAGAGCUGCUGCCUUCCCCAGAGUCGGAGGCCAGGGAGGAGCUGGCUGAACUCUCAGAGGCCUCAUGGUCCUGGCAGGGCAUGCUGGGCCUGCCUGCUGGCCUGGAGAUCAGGGAGGAGCUGGAGGACAGGGAGGCCCUGCUCAUGGAGGAAGGUGACAGCAGGAAGCACAAGUGGUCAUCCCCCUCCGGGGGCCUUCUGCACUUUCCUGGGAGUCAUGCCCUGCUGGAGGAGCCUGUGGAGAUGGGGCUGUGCCAGAGGGUGAGGGCCUCAGUGGCCCAUAUCUCCAGCCUCCUGAGGGGCAGGCCUCAAGGUCCUGAGAAGGAGGGGUCCCCCAGGAAGAAGGCAGGCCUACCUUCCUUCUGGCUGUCAGGUCUGAAGAGCAGAGACCAAGCUCCAUCUUUCCUGAGGGAGCUUGCAGAUGAGACAGUGGCCCUGGGCCAGUCUGUGACUCUUGCCUGCCAGGUGUCGGCCCAGCCAGCUGUACAGGCCACCUGGAAGAAAGAUGGGGCCCUCCUGGAGACCAGUGGACGCCUUCUUAUUUCCUCCACACUAAAAAAUUUCCACCUCCUGACCAUCCUGGUGGUGACCACUGAGGACCUAGGUGUGUACACAUGCAGUGUGCACAAUGCGCUGGGCAUGGCAACCACCACAGCUGUUCUCCGGAAGGCAGAGCGCCCCUCAUCCUCCCCACGCCCAGACAUCGGGGAGGUAUAUACUGAUGGGGUGCUGCUGGUUUGGAAACCCAUGGAGUCCUAUGGCCCCGUGACCUACAUCGUGCAGUGCAGCCUGGAAGGUGGCAGCUGGAGCACGCUGGCAUCAGACAUCUUUGAUUGCUGCUACCUGGCCAGCAAGCUUUCGAGAGGUGGUGUGUACACCUUUCGGACUGCAUGCGUCAGCAAGGCCGGCAUGGGUCCCUACAGCAGCCCCUCGGAGCAGGUCCACCUGGGAGGGCCCAACCACCUGGACUCUGAGGAGGAGAGCUGCCCUGCACCGCCAGCCCAUCAGCUCCCCAGUACACAGACCUUCGCCUUCCAGACACAGAUCCGAAGGGGCCGCUUCAGUGUGGUGAGGCAGUGCUGGGAGAAGGCCAGCGGGCGUGAGCUGGCAGCCAAGAUCAUUCCCUACCAAACAGAAGACAGGAUGGCAGUGCUUCUCGAGUAUGAGGCCCUCAAGAGCCUGCGCAACCCGCACCUGGCCCAGCUGCAGGCUGCCUACCUCAGCCCCCGGCACCUGGUCCUCAUCUUGGAGCUAUGCUCUGGGCCAGAGCUGCUCCCCUGCCUGGCUGAACGGGCAUCCUAUUCAGAAUCUGAGGUGAAGGACUACCUAUGGCAGAUGUUAAGUGCCACCCAGUAUCUGCAUGCACAGGGUAUCCUGCAUCUGGACCUCAGGUCUGAGAACAUGAUCGUCACUGAGUACAACCUACUCAAGGUGGUCGACUUGGGCAAUGCCCAGAGCCUCUCCCAGGAGAGGAUCCUGCCCUCAGAGAGGUUCAAAGACUAUGUGGAGACCAUGGCCCCAGAACUCCUAGAAGGCCAGGGUGCCGUCCCACAGACUGACAUCUGGGCCAUCGGUGUGACAGCAUUCAUCAUGCUGAGUGCAGAGUACCCAGUAAGCAGCGAGGGCAUGCGAGACAUGCAGAAAGGCCUGCGCAAGGGGCUUAUCUUGCUGAGUCGCUGCUAUGCAGGGCUUUCUGGGGGAGCCGUGGCCUUCCUUCAGAGUACACUUUGCACACACCCCUGGGGCCGGCCAGGCGCAUCCAGCUGCCUUCAGUGCCCAUGGCUGACUGAAGAGGGCCCAGCUUGCACCCAGCCCUCUGCUGUGACCUUCCCUACUGCACGUCUGCGCACCUUUGUGCGGGAGCGUGAGAAGAGGCGGGAGCUGCUGUACAAGAAGCACAACCUGGCCCAGGUGUGCUGAGUGCUUGGUCCUGCCCUUCAGGGUGUGUGGGGGGUGAUGGGGAAGAUUGCACUGUUAAGCCGCACACCUGGCCUGACCUCCACACACUGUAUAUGCACAGACAC